AUGUCAGGCCGAUCUGAUGAAUUCUUGAGCUACCACGAUGGUCUGGAAGAUUACAAAAGAAGAUUAGAAUGGUAUGAGACUAUCCUAAUCAGUAGGAAAGAAUCUCUCCCAGAAUCAAGCUCUCAAACCCAAAUCCAGACACAUCCCAAUGUCAUCGGUACGUCCGACAUGAGAUCGCCAAAAAUUGUAGGAAGUACUCAAUUCCAAGAAGGAUUGGGUGAGACUGAAUUCGGGAAGGAGCUAAGGGAAGUACAAGAUUUCUUAUUUAGAUUAACUGCCUAUAGCGAUGAGACUUCUGAACAGCUGAGAAGGUCAAAAGGACUGAUGGAUAGAAGGGAAUUUGACAAUUUGUUUAAUUACACUUUUCACCGAACCAAGAGUCUGCAAAUCAGUAGACAGAGUAGACUCGUUUUAGAUCCUGAUACGAAAUUGUUAGAGGAGGUUACGGUUGUUAAUGAUAGGAAGAAAGGAAGAAGAUUAACAGUGGUCGCCACGCCAUCAAUAAUGCUGUUCAAGGACUGA